UUCUGUCUUCAAAAAAAAUUUCCUUUGGGAAUGGAUUUGAGAGAUAAUAAUUCAGCUAAAAUCAGAUUAAGUGAUGGGAGAUACUUGGCCUAUAAAGAGAGAGGUGUUCCAAAGGAGAAAUCCAAUUAUAGAAUUAUAUUUGUUCAUGGCUUUGACGGCCGCAAAGAAAGGGAUUUUCUUGCACCCCAGGAAAUGAUGAACAAGAUGGGGAUAUAUAUAGUUCAAUACGAUAGAGCUGGAUACGGGGAAAGUGAUCCAAACCCAAAACGAUCCCUAAGGAGUGAAGCAUCUGACAUUGAGGAAUUGGCUGAUCACUUGCAAUUAGGAUCAAAGUUCUAUAUUAUUUGUAGCUCAAUGGGAUGUUACCCAACUUGGAGUUGCAUCAAACACAUUCCCAACAGGUUAGCAGGGGUAGCGUUUGUUGUUCCCAUUGUGAAUUACCAAUGGCCAUCCCUUCCUCACAAUCUCACAAAGGAUGAUCAAAGGAAGAAAAACUAUUGGUGGAUGACUAUGACUGCUAAAUAUGUUCCUAAAUUACUACAGUGGUGGGCGAUUCGAAAAACUUCUUCUACCAAUGAUCCAAAAACUACAUACUUUACUUCCAAGGAUUUAGAGAUUAUAAAGAAUAUACCAGGAUUUCAGGGUUUUAGUCCGGUAAAAUAUCACUUAAAUUCGCAGUUAUCUCAAUGUUUUCUGUACUAUUUUUUAUAUAUGUCCAAAUUGUCUUUUACAUUGUGAAGGGAACCUUGGAGCAACGGUAAAAUUGUCUCCGUGUGACCUAUAGGUCACGGGUUCGAGCCGUGGAAACAGCCACUAAUGCCUACAUUAGUUAGGUUAUCUACAUCAUAUCCCUUGGGGUGCUGCAUUAGGUUAGGCUGUCUACAUCACGUCCCUUAAAGUGCGACUGCCUUUCCCCGGACCCUACGUGAAUGCAGGAUGUUUUGUGCACCGAGCUGCCCUUUUUAAUGCCAAAUUGGACUUAGAUGCAUAAAUCAUCUUAAAUAUAACUUCUGGAGAGUAAGGUGGGAUUUUCUACUUGCCAUGGUACAGGAAAAACUAAGGAACAGAAGUGUUUUCAACAAUCUUUGCAGUGAUUUCCUUGUGGCUUUUAGUAGGUGGGAUUUUGAUCCUUUGGAGCUAAGCAAUCCUUUUCCAGAAAAUGGUCAGAGUUGUGUUCACAUUUGGCAAGGCAGUGAGGAUAAAGUUAUUAAUCUAAAACUACAAAGGCAUAUUGCAAACAGGUUACCUUGGAUUCAAUAUCACGAAGUUCCUAAUAACGGACAUCUAUUGAUCUAUGAUACUACUGUUUGUGAAGCCAUUUUAAGGUAUCUUUUGAUUGGAGAAACUCCACCAUCUUAUCCAACUAAGUCAUAGUUUAUAGUCAUCACUGUCGCAUGACCAAGAGGUCACGGGUUCAAGCUGUGAAAACAGCCUCUGCUGCAUACUAUAGGCCCUUGUGGUCCGGCCCUUCCCCGGACCUCGCGCAUAGCGGGAGCUUAGUGCACCGGGCUGCCCUUUUUACUGUCACAUAACCAUGUUCAGAUGUUUACAUAUUGAAUUUCCUUUUUUUGCCCUUUUUGUACUUAUCGGAUGAUGUAUUUCAUAAUGUGACAUGUUACAAAAAAAAAAAUUAAAACAAAACACUGCUUUUAGCUAUAAUAGCACUUCAAUGCCAGUGUUCCUAUAGCAUGAUACCAACAUCUGUGAUAAUGUUCCUUCCUAAU